CUUCAGCUUACACAGUACAGAUGUAGAGACAGAGAGCAACAGGAGGAGAGGUCAUAGAGAGAAAGUGAAAUGAGAGGAGACGGGAUGAGAAGACAGAGGCUGACCACUGCGUCACAGUGAUCAUCACACAAUUGUAAGAAUCUCAGAAAGAAUUUCAUCGUAACGGAUGAAGCAGCCUGAGAACAUCUGAGUCAAGGUACAGAAGGAGGAGUGAAAGAAAAGUGGGGACAACCAAUACACAUCUGGAACUGGGACCCAAAAUCUUACAGUGCACAGUGCAUGAGUUCUUACUUUUUGCUUCUAAACAUUGUUCUGACCAAACUCCGGCUCACAAGGAAAGUACUGGAACCUCCAUUGACUUUAAUGGCAAAUCAUUUUAUAUAGAAACACAGGAGAUGGAAAGACAGAUGUCAGAUGCCGACUUUCCCAUCUCCCCUUCUCCUUCUCCUCCUGCCCUCUUCCACUGCGACUACACCGACUGGUCUCCCUCAUUCUCCAUCAUCCCAUCCGUCUACCUGCUGGCCUUCCUGGUUGGUUGCCUCGGCAACGGCCUGGUUCUCUGGGUCUACCUGGACCGAGCUGAAGGGAGGAGAACAAGGACCGGAGACAACAACCAAAGUGGAGCUGGAACGUUUUGUUGCAUCGGGAUUUUCAGAAGCAGUCAGCAGGACAUUAACAGAGUUAGUAGAGUUCAGUGUGAGUCUUCUCCUCAAAAGAAAAAAGGAAACUGUGGAUUUUCCUCAGGACAAAACUGUAGAACCUCCUCUCACUCCUCCACCUCCUCUUCCUCCCCUCCCCCCGUCCCUCGUCCCUCUCGCUCUCUGACAGACUCUCUCAUAGCCAGCUUAGCGUUGGCUGACCUCUGCUUCCUUGUGACUCUCCCUCUGUGGGCCGUUUACACAGCCAUGGGCUACCACUGGCCUUUUGGGCAACCCCUCUGCCAAAUCAGCAGCUUCCUCACUGCUCUCAACAUGUAUGCGAGCGUGUUCAGUCUGAGCAUGCUCAGUGUGGAGCGGUACUGGGUUCUGACUGGACGACGGCACUCCAGCCACCAUGCCCCGCAGAGGUGCCCCAGCAGGUCUUUGUGGAUACUUGGGGGAGUGUGGGUCCUGGCAGGGGUGCUGGCGCUUCCUGGUUUGCUGCUGCGCUCUGUCAGGGAGAUGGAGCUACACCCUGAGCCUGAAGAUGAUUGGCAACUAGAGUCUGCUGACUCUGAGUCAGUCUUCCUCUCCUGCCAGAUGGAUUACUCCAUGCUGAUUGGAGCAGACCUGGAGGAGGAUGAAAAAGAAAGCGCAGAGAUGUGGUGGGCAGCCGCCUUGAGUGUUAAAUCAACUCUAAUUGGCUUCCUGCUCCCUCUUGCCAUUUUACUGGUCUGCUACUGCUCACUGGCCCAGCUCCUCAGCAGACAUUUUGGACAGGGCCCUCGUCCUGACCGCAGACGCCAGCGCAGACUCCUCAGGGUCAUUGUCACUUUAGUGAUGGCAUUCUUCCUGUGCUGGCUGCCUCUGCAUGUUAAUAAGACUGUGUCCAUGCUGCUGGAGUUUGGUUUUGUCCCAUACUCCUGCUCUUUAGAUCAGAUUUUACUGGCUGCUCACCCUUACGUCACCUGUUUGGCGUACCUCAACUCCUGCCUCAACCCUCUCCUCUACGCUGCCUGUGAUCCGUCAUUUAGGAAGAGAUGCAGAAGAGCCCUUCUCAUGUUGUGCAGAAGGGGAGCAGAGGGAGGAGAGAGAAAGAAAGAUGAAGGAGAGGAAGAGAAAGAGGACAGGAGCUCAGCUUUUCCCACAAGAACACAGGAAGAAACAGGAGAUAGGACAGAGGAGGAGAUGGUUGGAUAGAUGGGUGGCAUGGUGGCUGAAGGGUGAGAGGCCACAGAAACCAUAGCUCAACUUCCAAGAAGAUUACUGCUUAAAAAUGAAAAGGUUAACCCAGUUAAAACUAAUUUCACCUGGAACUGUGAGGGCAUCAGGUCAUUUUGUUUGCUGAUAGUAAAGCAUGACUGCAUGGGACAUGUUUCACUAAUUUUUCAGCGUUGUUGAAGACAAUCAAGAUCUACAAUGAGCUAAAUUCCAAAGUGGGCCAGACUCAGAGUCAAAUGUCAAUAUUAUCAAAAAUUAAUUUUUCAGAUAAAUAAACAUCUUCAUCGAAUGAACAGUCAUGAAUUCAGAAAUGUAAUUCCCUGCCUCCUGUCCACACGUUUCCCACAGGAAAGAUGCCACUGCUUCCCCAGAGAUGGUGCCUGGCUGGACCAAAUAUUUUUGGUCAUAUGAUCUGUUUCUAUAUUUUAUACACAGAGUUGUUUAUUGAUUUGUGUUGCACUGUUUUUACUGUAAUUUUCCCAUUAAAAUAUGUUC